UAGGCUAGGCGUUAUCCACAUCAACCAUCAACAAAUUAAUUGAAUCGCAUCUGUCAAUUCUAUUAUCAUUCUUAUCGGUUUUUCCAAAAAAAUGGGUCUUUUCGGAAAAUCUCAAGAGAAGAAUCCCAAAGAAAUGGUUCAGGAAUGGUCACAUAAAUUACGAAAAGAAGGUUAUUCGAUAGACAGACAAGUUAGAGCAAUUGAGCGAGAAGAGGACAAAGUUAAACGUUCCCUGAAGGACGCAGCGAAAAAGGGUGACCGAGAUGUGUGUAAAAUUUUAGCCAAAGAAGUGGUCCGUGCCCGGAAAGCAUGUGGAAAGCUACACACCUCGAAAGCCCACCUAAAUUCCGUAUCGCUGCAACUAAAAAACCAGCUGGCAACAAUAAGAGUAGCCGGCUCUGUUUCAAAAUCAACUGAAGUGAUGCAGGCAAUGCAGUCGUUGGUCAAAGUACCAGAAGUCGCAGCCACAAUGCGAGAGUUGUCGAAAGAAAUGAUGAAGGCCGGAAUCAUCGAAGAAAUGAUGGACGAGACUAUGGAAUCUAUCGAAGAUUCCGAAGAUAUGGAGGAAGAGGCUGACGAAGAAGUCGACAAGAUUUUAUGGGAAAUAACUGCAGGACAAAUGGGCAGAGCUCCAGCUGUUGUAACGGACACAAUAGGUGCUUCAACUUCGAAAGAAGAAGAGGAGACAGACAAAGAUAUCGACGAAAAAGAACUCGAGGAAAUGAAAAAUCGGUUGCAGAGUCUCCGUAGUUAGGGGGAUUUUCAAUUUUCCUCCCAUCUAGUUUAUUCCAAAGUUAAUCAAUCUUCUCGAGCACUGCGGGAUCGUAAAAAAAUGGCAUAACUAUUUUUGUAGUUAACUUCCUUCUUUUUGCUUCGUAUUACUUGAUAUCGAGUAAAAAAUCUGACACUCUCACGCAAUAUACGUAUUUGGGGUUGCUUCAAGACCUGGAAUUUUUAAAAAAAAUUACUAAUUUUUUUAGUCUCCUAUGUAUUUUCAAAGUUUUUAUCAUUAUUUUGUUACUUUGCUUACUUUAAAAUUUUUAAUUUGAGAAUAAAAUUAUUAUAAUUUUAGUAUGUUUGUAAAUUUUGAUUAAAAUAUUAUUAAAAAUUAUUCAGAAUUCACCGGAUUUUGAAGAAAGACUGGGGAGAAAAUUCUGUAGCAACCCUGGUAGAAUUUCUCGAAAUGGGAGCACAAUCUUGUAUUUUUAUUCCGAAGCCUGCUUUGUAGAUUUUUCAUGUUUACAGAAGAUUUCAUAACAAAUUGUGGAACAAAGUAUUUUAACUGUACUAAAACCAAGCUUAAAAAUUGUAUAAACUAAUUUAAGGAAUGAUUAAAUUAUGGAAUGUAUUAUACUUUUACGAGAGAUGAUGGUACGCAUAAAAUGUUAAAUAUUUAAAAAUAGAUCUGUAGGAAAAGUUUAUGAGUGCAGCAAAAGAGAAUUCUCAACUUUGAGAAAAGCAGGAGUUUAAUAGCUUUUUUUUAACUUUUUGUUAAUUUAACUGCAUUAUAACUCAGUUUUGAUUCUCGGGUGUAAAUAUUGUAUGUAGGCUGGCUUUCUUGAAUGUAAUAAAUAUUUAAGACUUAAA